UUUCUUUCAAUCAGACACCCUUUAUUUUUAUUUUUUUCACAAAAAUUGAGAAAAAGACAACGAAUUAAAGCAAAGCACCUUCAAUUCAUUUCCCUCUUUCUUCUACAGUUCUACUUCAUCUUCGUCUUUGUUCUACUCCCAACAUUCGAAAAAACAAAAAGGGUAUUUUUUGUAAUUUAUCUUUCCGACAAAUCCAACCAGAAAUUGUCAAAUCCCAAUUAAUUUUGAUUGGAAAAUUUGAAUUUUUUUGGGGUUUUGGUUGAUGGGUGUUACUUAAUUUCUGGGUUUGGAUCGGAAGAAAGAGAGGGGAAGAUGGAAGAAGAUAGGAUUGAAUGUGUGACGACGUCGUCUUCAGAAAGAUUGUAUGAAGCAGAGGUUAAUUACCCACAAAAUCAUAUUCAUAAUCACAAUCAAUCUUCAAAAUCAAGGAGGAAAUUAACAUCUCCUUUGAUUCCUUCAACCACUAAUAGCGUUGUUGAAAUCUUUGAAUGCCCAGUUUGUGCUCAUGCUAUGUACCCUCCUAUUCAUCAGUGCCAUAAUGGACACACACUUUGCUCAGAGUGUAAGGCAAGGGUUCACAACCGGUGCCCUACCUGUAGACAAGAGCUUGGGGAAAUAAGGUGUUUGGCAUUGGAGAAGGUGGCCGAGUCUCUCGAUAUUCCUUGCAAAUAUAGCUCAUAUGGUUGCCUAGAGACUUCUCCUUACUAUAUCAAACUCAAGCAUGAAGCCCUUUGUAAUUUUAGACCAUUCAGUUGUCCAUAUGCUGGUUAUGAAUGCUCUGUUGUUGGGGAUAUUCCUUUUCUUGUGUCCCACUUGAGGGAUGAUCAUAAAGUGGAUAUGCACUCCGGCUCUACAUUCAAUCAUCGCUAUGUUAAGGCUAAUCCCAUUGAAGUUGACAAUGCUACCUGGAUGUUAACAGUAUUCCAUUGUUUUGGUCAGUAUUUCUGCUUGCAUUUUGAAGCAUUCCAGCUUGGCAUGGCUCCGGUUUAUAUGGCAUUUCUCCGUUUCAUGGGUGAUGAAAACGAUGCUCGAAGGUACACAUAUAGCUUAGAAGUGGGUGGAUAUGGGAGAAAAUUGACAUGGGAGGGAACCCCACGAAGCAUUCGUGAUACGCACAGAAAGGUUAGAGACAGUCAUGAUGGACUCGUUAUUCAACGUAAAUUAGCACUUUUCUUCUCUGGUGGGGAUAAGAAAGAGCUAAAGCUUCGGAUAACUGGAAGAAUAUGGAAGGAACAAAAUCUUGAAUCUGCCGCGUGCAUAUCUAAUCUUUGCAGUUAAAUCAUCACUUCUCUACACUGUAAGUGCCUAUUUUGGGGUCAUAUUUCACAGGGCAAAUCAUGGAAAAAUACGUACAACACCAGUAGUGUUUAGAUGCUCUACAUAUAUCAAGGAUUAUGGUAAAAGGCUUAGUGAUUAUGGGAAGUGAUAAUGGUGAAAAGAUACGCAUAUUGUUGAAGAACGCGGUUUCUCCUGUUUUAUAGAUGUAUUUAUUUUGACAGUGGUUCCACAACUGUGAUCGAGUUGAACCAGCAGUGUACUAAAAGCUGUGUAAUUGUGAUACGGGAUCUAGAGGUGGCUGUGUAAACCCAAUGUAUUUUACUCUUGGUGAUGUAAAAUGAAGUUCUGUAACAUCUGGAAAUACUGAAUUGUACACGUUCUUUUUUGUUUCUGAAAGCCUACUUGCAACAAUUAGUUUA